UGCCCUUUUCAUACACAAUUAGGGCAUAUUCUAGUUUAAUGCAGUGACCUCCAGUUUCGUCAGCUGAGCGUCUGCUGGGCUGAAGCUGAAGGACUAUUUUAUCCUUGUGAUUACUUCCUUCGGUACGUCCAAACAUCAUUAGGCCCUUGAAGUUCAAACGUCAAAACCAUAAUGUCAUGGAUUAGGGAUAAUACCUUGACAUGGAUCCAAAAAAUGGCAGUUCAUGUUGUAGGCAGUGGGCAAGUUCCUCAACAUGUAGCGUUUAUCAUGGAUGGAAAUCGCCGAUAUGCCAAGAAGCAUAAAGUACAGAAAAUAGAAGGACAUUCUAAAGGGUUUGACAGGCUAGCAGAAACUUUGCAUUGGUGUUUAGAGUUAGGUAUUAAAGAAGUUACAGUGUAUGCCUUUAGUAUUGAGAACUUCAAACGAACGAAGGAGGAAAUAGACGCACUUAUGGACUUGGCACGUCAGAAAUUUCAGCGACUUCUUGAUGAAACAGACAAGCUCAUGGAGCAUGGUGUUCAUAUUCGGGUUAUUGGAAAUCUUGAUUUAUUACCUGUAGAUUUACAAAAGAUGAUGGCAAAAGCAAUGUUUGUGACAAAAAAUAACAGCAGAGCUGUGUUAAAUAUUGCCUAUGCAUACACUGCCAGAGAAGAAAUUACACAAUGUGUAAAACAAACAGUUGAAGGUGUCGUUGAUGGUGUGUUAUCACCACCAAAUGUUAACCAAAAUUUGCUGUCCAAAACAUUGUACACUAAUCAUUCUCCGACUCCAGACCUCUUGAUUAGAACAUCAGGGGAGGUUCGACUCAGUGACUUCUUGCUUUGGCAGGUAUCUUGUAGCUGUGUAUACUUCACAGAUGUUCUCUGGCCAGACUUCACUGUUUGGCAUCUAUUGGCUGCUGUCUUUUACUAUCAACGUAAUCAUCAACAACUUAAAGAUGCAUCACUGCUUGAAAAACGUUCCGAUGAGAAGUCAACAAACCAAGGUGAAGACUUUGUUGACUAUGUUAAUCUUAAGCGGCAGCAAUGGCUUUCCCUACAUGCGAAUCUGGAAGUAACCAGUUAACAUAAUUCUGAAGAAUAUAUGUAUUUCAUUACCAAGAAGAUGUAGUAAUAUUUUUAUUAUAUCAUAGAAACGCCAUUCAUGAUAAUUGUUAUAAUUUAUGAACGCAUUGGCUUUUUUUUUUCUGAAAGGUGCUACUAAGAUUUUAGUUUUUGGAAAAUGGAAACGAUUUUAUGAAGAAACUCCAUAUCAAAUAACGUACUUUAGAGGCAUAGGUAAAAUCUUCAGAAAGUUACCAUUUAUUGGCCACCUAAUUUCAACAAUUUGAAUUUCCUAGAUUACUACCUGAAUAUUUUACUCAGUUUCCCUUGAACAAUACUUAGGUGAAAUUGCUAUAUAAUCACUGGGCAUUAUUUGGAAUGAUGAGUAGUUCAAAAUAGUAGUUCUAUUUUUUUAACUGAUAGUGGGGGACUAGUAGGUAAAUUUACAAAGUAACAUUUACUUUGUUUAUUUAAAAAUUAAAUACAAAUUACAAAUAUGAUUCCACUGAAAUAAUGUGUGGAAUGAACUUUUAAGUGCAUAGUAUCUACAAGUUCUUUCUUAAAUGUUAAUAGCUGCUUCAGUAAGUCCAUUCAUGAAGUGUGCAAGUGAUACAUCACGUUUCCUUGCUGAUGUGUCCAAUAUUGGUUUAUUAGACAGUUAUUCUAUUUGUUGAGUUGAGCUUUUGGAGGCACAGCUGCUAUUGUGAUCUUAUUUUUAUUUGUACAUAUAUGGUCCCUGUCAUUGACAGGUGAAACUGAAUUAAUCUCCUGAAGAACUGUUAUAGAAUGUUAUGUAUGCUGUAAUUUUACAGCAACCUAUUAAAUGUUAUAACUCUU